CGACCAAAUAGCCAGGCGGGCUGCGCAACAUAUUUCUUACAGCACCAACACUCGGAUUUUAUCAUUCCGCUCCUCCGUUUCUGGUUUGCCCUUCUCAUUAGUCCGUGCUUCGCUUCAUUUCCCCGCUGCUAUCGCCACCGUCUCCGUCGCCGCGGGCAAUCAUCUUUCCCCAGGAUUGUGAUUUUUUAUAAUUUGUUUCGAUCACUGAAGAUGAGCAGAUCUGAACGUUUGAAGAAGCAUGGAAAAAGUAAUAAGCUUUCUGGUGAUAAAUAUGAUGAAGAGGGUGUAGAGAGUGCAGCUCGGACCAGGCCACUCAGUCUUGAAGAGAUUUUACUUAGAAGAAAAAACAAAGAAUUACUUGAAAAAGUAAAAGACUCUGCAAAGGAAGCUUGGAAUGUAUCACAUGGAACUUCUGAGAAUACUACUGAUUAUUUUGAGUCAGGGAGGGGUUAUAAAUGUGACAAAACCUUAUCGUCCAUUGUGGAAAAGCAUGCCUUGGAGGAACCAGAGAAGUUAAGUUCUAGAAAGAAGGCUGAAAGCACUUCUAGAAAGGAAUAUAAUUUAGCUGGUGCGAAAGACAGAGGAGGUUAUGAUUCAGAAACCAAACUAUGUGCUGAUUUAAGUAAUAUGGGCUGGAUAAAUAAAAAUAGUAAAACUAGCAGAGAGAUGCAUAGUAGAAGGAAAAAUGAUGGAAGGGUGAUUGAUAAUUCUGAGCAUGAAGCUGAAAACAAACGAAUAAGGGAUUCAACUAGUAGGGAUAAAUAUUUAGAAAUAGAUAGGGAAAGAUCUCAAAGGAAAGUAAAGAAGAUGUAUCGUACUGUAGAUGAUGAAAGUCCUAGGGAAUAUAAAACUGAAAGGAAUCGUAAUGAAGAUACAUAUGAUUGGGGAAAAGGAAAAAGUGGUCAAGUGAUCAUUCUGAAAAUGUAG